GGCCACGAGCUCCCACGGCCCAGCACCUCCCGCCCCGCCGCCCUUAUCUGCCCCUCUCCCCGUGUGAAGGCUUUGGCAGUGGGACGGCGCCAUGCGGGGCAGCGUGGUGCUGUGUGUGCUGCUACUAUCGCUGGCCUGGCUGAGCCUGGCAUGGGGGGCUGAGGGCGGGGAGGAGGAUGGGGAAGUGGUGGGGGGGGAGGAGGAGGAGGAGGAUGAAGAGGAUGAGGUGCUCUCGGAUGAGCUGAAGGAGGAGGACGGCGUCCUGGUGCUCCAUGAGCACAACUUCGCUCGUGCCCUGCGCGAGCACCGGCUGCUGCUGGUGGAGUUCUAUGCUCCUUGGUGCGGGCACUGCCGCCGUUUGGCCCCUGAGUUCGCCCGUGCGGCCGCAUUGCUGAGGAACGCAUCAGAGGUGGGACGGCUGGGCAAGGUGGACGCCGUGGCACAGACAGCCCUGAGCACCGAGUUCCACAUCGAUGCCUUCCCCACGCUCAAACUCUUCCGCGAUGGCAAUCGCACCCACCCCGUGGCAUACAGCGGCCGCAUGGAUGCUGAAGGCAUGGUGCUCUGGAUGCAGCGCCGGGCCGGGCCCAGCGCCACGCUGCUGCACGACGUCGACACCGCAGCCGCCUUCAUCAGCGCGCAGGACGUCGCCGUGGUGGGCUUCUUCAAGGACCUGCAUGGCGAGGCAGCGCGGGCAUUCCAUGAGGUGGCCGCAGAGAUGGAGGAUCUGGUGUUUGGUGUGGCUGAGGAGGAUGAGCUGUUUGAGGCGUACGGGCUGUCGGCAGACACUGUCUGCCUCUUCAAGAAGUUUGACGAGGGGCGGACAGAUUUCCCCGUGGAUCCGGAGCAGGGCCUGGACGCGGCCAAGCUGACGCGGCAGCUCGUUGUGCACAGCCUGAAGUUGGUGAUGGACUACUCCAAUGAGACUUCCAGCCAGAUCUUUGGGGCCAAGAUCCCCCACCACAUGCUGCUCUUCCUCAACACCUCUGUAGCAGAGCAGCAGGCACUGCGGGAUGAGUUCCGUGUGGCCGCCAGCACCUUCCGGGGCGAGGUGCUCUUUGUGGUGGUGGAUGUGAACGGGUACGGUGCCGCCGUUCUGUCCUUCUUCGGCCUGACGCCCAGCGAUGCGCCCACACUGCGCUGCAUCAAGAUGGAGAACAACCGCAAGUACCGCAUGGAGGUGGACGCCUUCUCAGCCACGGCUGUGCGUGACUUUGUGCAGGAGGUGCUGGAUGGCAAGGUGAAGCCCCAGCUGCUGAGCGCAGAGCCCCCUGAGGACUGGAACACGCGGCCCGUUAAAGUGCUCGUGGGGAAGACCUUUGAGCAGGUAGCAUUUGAUGAGACCAAGAACGUCUUUGUGAAGUUCUAUGCACCAUGGUGUGCCCACUGCCAGGAGAUGGCGGCUGCCUGGGAGGAGCUGGGUGAGCGCUACAAGGACCACGAGGACAUUAUCAUUGCCGAGAUGGAUGCCACGGCCAACGAGCUGGAGAACAUCAGCAUCAGCGGAUACCCAACACUGCACUACUUCCCUGCUGGGCCGGGCAGGAAGAUGGUCGAAUAUAGGAGCGCCAGAGACGUGGAGACCUUCUCCAAGUUCCUGGAAAAUGGAGGGAAGCUGCCGGAGGAGCCACCCACAGUGUCCAAGGCCCCGGAGAACAGCACAGAGUCACCGAGCCCAUCUGGCACAGCUGAAGCCCGGGAGGAGCUGUGAGCCCUGUCCUGCUGCAGCGAGCAUUAUAAAUGACCCUGGA